GAAUAAAGGGCGGCUCCGCGCGGAGCGGCGCGGACAGCCGGCCUCGGACCGCGGACCUCGGCGCUAGGAGCCCCGCCCGCGGCCGAGCAGGAGCGGCGGCCCCCACCCCCUGGGCCCCGGACGCGCGGGAUCAGGUGGUCAGCAUUUGGCGGAGUCUGGUGUUCUCCCCAUCCCCCAGGUCUGCAGGGACCCCAGUGCCAGAGACCUCCUCCCCUUCUCCAGGAGGGCGUCCUGCCAUGAGAGGGCGAGCCAGCUGAGCCUCUGGGAACCCUGGAAUUUGGCCGGAAGACCGUUCCUCUCCUCCCAUCAGGACAUUUCAGAGACUGCUCUGCCAUGAGCGCCGCGCGUGCGUGCCGGCCGUCCUGGGACUUGGCCCUGGACCCACUGGUGUCCUGCAAGCUGUGUCUGGGGGAGUACCCCGUGGAGCAGAUGACGACCAUCGCCCAGUGCCAGUGCGUCUUCUGCACCCUGUGCCUGAAACAGUAUGUGGAGCUCUUGAUCAAAGAAGGAUUAGAAACUGCGAUUAGCUGUCCAGAUGCCGCCUGCCCCAAACAGGGCCACCUGCAGGAGAACGAGAUUGAGUGCAUGGUGGCGGCUGAAAUUAUGCAAAGAUACAAAAAGCUACAGUUUGAAAGAGAGGUGCUCCUGGACCCCUGUCGGACUUGGUGCCCGGCGUCUACGUGCCAGGCGGUGUGCCAACUCCAGGAGAUGGGGCUGCACACCCCCCAGCUGGUCCAGUGCAAAGCCUGUGACACGGAGUUCUGCUCUGCCUGCAAAGCCAGCUGGCACCCUGGCCAGGGUUGCCCGGAGACCAUGCCCAUCACCUUCCUUCCCGGGGAGACCAGCUCUGCUUUCAAGCUGGACGAGGACGACGCGCCAAUCAAGCGCUGCCCCAAGUGCAAGGUCUACAUCGAGCGGGACGAAGGCUGUGCCCAGAUGAUGUGUAAGAACUGCAAACACGCCUUCUGCUGGUACUGCCUCGAGUCCCUGGAUGACGACUUCCUCCUGAUCCAUUAUGAUAAAGGGCCCUGCAGGAACAAGCUGGGCCACUCCAGGGCGUCUGUCAUCUGGCAUCGGACUCAGGUCGUGGGCAUCUUUGCCGGAUUUGGGCUCCUGCUCCUGGUGGCCUCCCCUUUCCUGCUCCUGGCCACUCCCUUUGUACUUUGCUGCAAGUGCAAGUGCAGUAAAGGUGACGACGACCCUCUGCCCACCUAGAGAAUGGCGUGAUGCUGGAGCAGGACCCCCGCCUGCGGGAAGCGAGGUUUCCCCCCCCCCACCCCGCUGUCCCCCUCUCACUAAACAUCUCUCUUGCCUUAUGUGCCCCAUUGAGCUUCACAGUGUCACGUCAGGACGCCGUGAUUCCAGGGACUGAUGUCAGGUCGUCGGCCGAGGCCCCAGGUGUGGUCACUCCCGGCAUGGGGGAGGCAAGGCUGGCGUGGAUGGGGCGCGUCGCACAGGGUGGGUCUCUGCAGACUCACCGAGGGAGGUGCUGUGCGGAGCGCCCCCCACCCUGGCGGCGUUCUCCCUGUCCCGCUGGACCGGGACCCUCCGAUGUUGCCGAGGGGACUUUCUCAUGCAGAGUGCAGUCUGUCUCCUCCCUGGCUUCGAGCUGGCGCCUCCUCGUGGCUGAGAGAAGUCCUUUAAGGAUCGCGUUCCACUUCAGACAGAAUCCGAGUGUUCUGACUUGAGAAAAGCACUCUGUUUAUGACAACUGUUUUUAUUACUAAUGGCAUUUAGUAAAAUCCUUUUUAGAAGGCGUUUCCCCACCCCCCCCCCCCCGCCCCCAACCGAGUAGUGAAAAAUCAACACGGUGCAUCAAAACCAUUGUAUGCCUUCUCUUGAGAUGUGCGGUUUUAAGAAGUUAUGGUUAAAUGGCCUUUCUGGCUCGGCCGCUUUGCAGGAGAUUUAGGAAGCCUUGUGUGCUCUUUGUGUCUUUUCUUGACGCUUGUGGAGACUUUUGGGAUUGCUGUACGCUGUAUACUGUUAUCAGCGUGUUUCCCGUGUCUUUAAACAGUUGCAUUUCUUUAAACAUACUGAUGCAUUUAAAGGAACAUCUCCACCCUAGGUUUGCCUUUUGUUUUCCUCUCUAUGGUGAUUCAACUCGACUCACAGGGCUCCUCUCUGUUCACCCAAGGAUCAGCAAAUAUUUUUUCAUGUCUUCAGAAACCAAAUGUUUUACUUGGUAAUAGUUUUGUCGAGAAUCCCUGUGGUUUGGCUGCAGCGUCAGUCCCCUCAAGCAGAUGAAACCAAUCGAAUAGUGACCCUGAAGUCCGGGGGAAGGGCUUCCUGGCAGGGGGCUGGGGCACAAGCUUCUGGAUGUUCAGUUUUUGAAAUGACUGAGUUAUUCUGGAGAAAUCAUCUCUCUUACACAGUUCCAAGUCUUGCUGCUUACCCUACUGCCCCUGCUGAAAAAAAUCUUCCGCUUCACUGAGUUGUUUUGAUUGAGGGGGUAUUACCACUCGAUCUUUUACAGCUGUGUGUGACCAUGACCAGGGCAGGCGGAUGCCCGGAUCAAUAACACAUACCGGGCUCCAUAAGUUAACUUUGGGCAAAGUGUGCUUUACAGACAGUGGACUUUACUGUGGCUUUUAAAGAGCACGCUGAUUUCAUCCAGCUUAGGACUUUUAAACACAGUAGGCGAUCGUUGUGGAUUUAUCAUGGUGGAACUUUUUAAAAACUUAUUAAGCAUUCCACGAAAGAGUAAAAUGAAAAUGAAGUCUUUUAUCUCUGCUGUUUGCCUACGUCAGGCACAUUUGUACAGCGUGGUGGUGUUUUGUAUCCUUGACUUCUGCGUUUGUGUAUCCAUCUCAGGUCCUCGAUUACCUUCUGGUAGAGAAAUGACUUUUAUUUGUUAACAUUUAAUCAGCUUAGGAGAAACAGGAUCACUCUUUCGCUCUAGGAUUCAUUUUCUUUUUGAAACUGAAGCCAUUUUAGGGAGCCAGUCUGUGUCAAAAUUAUGUGCAGAACAGCCUCCAUGUAACUGCAGUUUGAAAACUCACUAACGAUAAGAACACGCCCGGGGCCAUCUGCCUGGAUGAAGCCGGGCACUGAGUCUCUGUAGCUGGAGGUGCUGCCAUCAGGGUCAGGCAGGUCUGGGGGUGGGGAAUGGCUUUUCUGGAGAGAGCGACAGCGCCCUGGGCCUGAAGAGGAGCUUGGUGGCCCAGGCUUGAGAGCUCACUGCAAUUUGUGAAUGCCCUUUAAAGUCCUCAUGGAAGACAGCAGGCUCGCAGCCUAUGUCCAGUGGUCCACGGGGCAGAGCUCCCCAUCCCAGGUCAGCCUGUCUGUACUUGCUGCUGCCCGUCGCCUCCAGGGGUCCAGGCAGUAGUGCCCCUUCCUUCAAGGUGGGGACCAGAGCUGUUGGAAACGCUGCCUUCCCUGGGCCAGAGCUCAGGCCCUUUGAUUCCUAGCAGGCUGGGCCGCCUGUUCUCCUGGGGGAGUCCCUGGGUAGACCGUGCACACACGGAGCCCCUGCCAGCCCUGUGCCUUUAGCCCUGAUAGUUCAACGCUCAUGGUGCGACCCAGGUAGAACACACCGGGAUUCUGGGGUCACCCGGGGUCUGAGUCACAUCUGCUUGCUCUGAGUUUUUACAUCAAGCCUGCCUGAGAGUGGGCGGUGUGAUUAGGAAAAGCAAAAAUAAAGCUGUCUGUUCCCUAGAAAGACACCGGCAGGGUCGCGUUGAGAUCCUUUUGGAGACGUGCAGCAUCACCAUCCAACUCCUCUCCUUUCAGCGAGGAACGCCGUCCCUGUUGUUCGUGGGGACGCAGGAUGGACUGGGCCUGAUGUCAGGUGUGCACAGGAUGUGGGAAGAUGGCCCGUGUUGUGGGUUCUGACCUUGCCGUCACUCCCAGGAAAGCCUGGGUGUUUGACACUGUGGAUGUGGCUGUAAUUGAAGAUGACCUUUGACAGGUGGUGUUCACACUGACCCUGUGGGAAGCACACAUCUGUUGAUUCAUUUAGAGGCCUUUAAUUCUGGAGUGGGUGGGGAGGGGAAGGAGAACACAGAGAUGGACCAUGGCUGAGUGCCCCUGGCCAGGUGGGGGUGACGGAGGGUGUGGUAAUAUGAGUCCUUUGGGAACGGACGGCGCAGUGAGGUUUCACUGGCCAUGCCUGGGCUCUGAGCCUGGCUCCGCCCUGCGUCCUGUAACCUGGCCAGCCCAGCUUUACCAUCGUCACCGAGGACCAGCGCCUUCAGGGGCAUCGUUGUAGAUGAUCACUCAGCAGAGACCGACCAAGGACCUGAGCAUAAAGAGAAACUUUUAAGGCCCGAAUGCUGGCCCAUCAGUGUUUCCUCCACCCCCGGGGGGAGCUAAGGAACGACGUCUGCUCCCUCUGGCAUCUUUUUAAAGGGGAACAGAUUCUCUUUACAGGAUACUGUUUCUUAAAACCAGUUUAAGAACCAGACCAAUUCCUGAUUAGCACAUAGGACCCAGGGAAAGGGGCUUAUCAGAUAUGCAGAAAUUACUCCAAGAUGAUUUUAUCUUUCUCACCUGUUUCCCAAAAGUUACAAGUUAUUUUGCAAAUUAGAAGAGAGUGUUUUCCCUUGGUUGUCUUUAAAAAUGAGAGUACUAGAAAGAACCAGGGUGGGUUUUUUUUUUUGGUCUAUUUCUCAGAUUCUCAUUGAUUAAUAAAUACCUGUCUAUGUAUAUAUAAAUCACAGUGAAAUCAUCAAGGGAAAACAUUUGCAUGUAUAAAGCUUCCUGAAGGUCUCUCAAAAAUACCAAAGCUUGUUUAUUCCUUAUCAUUAACCCAAGCCCUUAUGAAAGGAAACAAAAUGAAGAGUUGUGACUGGUGUUAUCAAAAAAUGCCAGCUGGAAAGAAGGGGGUGCAUGAAAGCAGAAUGACUGCUGCGUCCCGACCCAGAGAGCCUGCUGUUUAGGGGCGCCAAGCCCAUGCUCAUCCCUCCUUAGUUUGCACAAUUCUGUCUUCCGAGAUUCCAGCAGCCUUCAGGGAGGGGUAGGUACCCAACCUUUCCCUCAUCUCGUGCUCAUUUUACCGUGGGUGUAUUCUACUCUUGUGUAAGAACAUGCAUGAAUGAGUCAUGCACAUGUAUACAUUAUGCAUUUGACAAGUGGUGGUAAAAACAAACAACAAGAAAACCAAAACAAGUUUGGUUCGUGUUUCUGAAAUGUCAGUACAUUUCGUGCCACUCACACUGUGAUGUAUAAAAGAGCUGUUCGAAUGCCUUUUAAUGUCGUGUUUUGUACUUUGGAAUCGUAUAGACAAGUUUGAUUUGUAAUUUCAAUACAUAUUUUAAGUGUAUUGUGUCUUAUGUAGUUUGUCCCCCACCCCUUUCGAAGGGAUUUCUUUUUAAAGAUAUUUUGGCUGGAAUACAGGUUACUUUUGUAAAUCC